GCGUGUGCCUGUCGGCGACCGUCCUCCUCGCGAUGUCGCUGCUGAUGUUCGAGGACGGCGGGGCGUGGUGGAGUGAGCUGAAGCCGGGCCAGACGAUCGGCGUUCAGUACCGCGGAGACGCGGUGGACCGCGAGCGUCUGCUGCUUCACCCGUGCACCCGCGAGAAGGACGCCUGGUUCAUCGCCACGCCCGACCUGGAUGAGUACCCAGAGGCGGUGGCGGCAGGAGUGGAUAAGGACAUCGUCAGAACGUACCCGCUGCCAGAUGACGGCUCGAAACCCGCUUGGCUGGGAAGGAAGCUCUAUCGGUUCCGAGUGUACCCUGGCCGCGAGGAGCUCGUGGCCAUGAUCAAGCGUGGGUAUCGGGCGGCGGUGGCGUACGACCCGGGCUCUGGGCUUGCGCCUCCUGCGCUGGACGACGUGCUCCUGCCCACGGGCGAGAUCGUGCCGAUCAGCGAGCUGAUCCCGCACUGGCCCGCGCCGGCUCGCCGAGUGCGAGGCAAGCGGGCCUCGGCCCCUGGACCCGAGGGAGGCCUUCGUUGGUAUGCGAUGGGCUUUGGUGAGUCGCUCUCGCCGGGCGACGAGGUGGCGCUGCGCGGCCAGGCCUUCGUCGCGGCGGGCGACCACGACGCGCUGGCGGUGCCCGACGUGGUGGCCAAGGAGCGGUCUCGCUGGCAGCCUGGGGGCGGCGCGGCCGCCGGGGGCACCUCGACCCCGCCUCUGGCGGGCCCCGCUGCCGCCGAGGCCGACGAGGCCGAGGCGGCGAAGGGCGGAGACGGGCGCCUCAACCCUUCGGAUGGCUCGCUGCGGGACGCGCUGGGCCUGGAGGCCGACGGGGCGGCCGCUCCCAGAGAUGCAGAUCCCGCCGCCGACAUUCGCGCGCUCUGGGUCGACUACGACAACCAGGGAGAGAGAUUCAAGUGCUGGCGGGACGUGACCCGCGAGAGUAUUCAGGAGACGUUCUCGGACACGCCCCUGGAGGGCCCCGGCACCGCCCUGUUCUUGGCAAAGCACUUCGACCGCCACGGCGGCGACCCUCGGCAGUGGCUCCUCGUGUGGUUGAGGGAACGCAAGAUCGACGGGUCGGAUCGGACUUACCAUGAGAUGAAGGUGGUGUGCGACGCUCUGUACUUUGCGGGGGCCCCGCUGCGGCGGCGGAGGGCGCCGACGCGGGCGACGCCGCGGCCGGCGCUGGAGGUCGCGGAGCACGUGGAGGUCGUGGCGGCGGGGGGCGCGACGACGGCGGCCGAGGCCGGCGCGGACUCGCGGCGCACAUGGAUGGUGCAAGAGGCGGUCCACGGACUGAACUGGCUCGCUGGCUACGACACCUGGGGCCCUUCUCAGGAGCUUGCGACGCCGGGAGUUUUGGCGCCCGAGGUGAUGGCCCGCGUGGAAGGCCUGGUCAAGGACUGGGAGCCCAUGCCUGAGGCCCUCGCGGGGCGGGAGGCCCUCCGAGACCUCCUGCGCGGCCGGUCCUUGUGCGAGCUGGAGGCUGGCCCCGCGAACCGCGCGGCUUUCCAUGCCGACCUGGUGCCCCUGCCGAGCGACGUGUCGGGGUCCCCUCCGAUUGAGUCGCUGCUGGGCGCCGAAGUCUCUCGCUACUUGGAGGCCCAUCAUGAGCUGAUGCUGCGGCCCGCGACUGACUCGGAUAAUAUCGAAUUCGAGACACGCGGGGUCGCGCUUUACACCGAUAGAAAGCUGCUGUGCAAUAAGAAGGCCUACCGCGGCUUCGUCAGACGGCUCUGGGAUCUUAGAAUGCUGGAUGCCAUCCUCAGGCCUUUGGAGAGGGUCGGGAUCUUCUUCGUCUGGAAGGGCAACAGGACGCGUCUCAGGCUGAUCAUCGACGCUCGGAGGAGCAACUGUUGGUUUCGCGCCCCGCCAGGCGUCCGCUUGUGCACUUCGGAGGCCUUCGCGAACAUCGAGAUUGGCGACGGCGUCUUAGCGGGCCUGGAGGCUGUCAGGCUGUACCUCGGCAUGGCUGACGUAGAGGACUGCUUCCACCGCCUCGAGGACGGAGUGCGGCUCGGGUCCGCCGAUGCUGUGUGGCCCACCUCCGCCUCCAUGUGCGUGGGGUUCGCUUGGUCGCUGUACUUCGCCCAGAAGGCUGACGAGCGGCUGGCGGCUGCGGCGCCCAGCCUGCGCGGGUCGACGCUGCUGCGCGACAGGUCUCCCCCCCCGGUGCUGGCCGAGGGCCGCCCCCGCCACAGUGUGUACGUGGACAACCUGGGCGCCUUCGCCCGGGGCCGGGGCCUGGCCCAGCGCGCGGUCCACGAGUGGGAGGCGAGCUUCGCUGACCACGGGCUGGAGCUCCACGUCGGGGAGGUGGUGAGCAGGGGCAUCCACGCCCUGGGCUGCCGGCUUGACGGCCAGCGGCUGCGGAGCAGGUUUCAGCUCAAGGGCCACAGUGCUCGCGAGUCGGCCCUCAGCACGGCUGGCCUCGUUCGGGACCCUCGAUCUGGUGCCUGGGGAACCCCGGGGGACGAGAGCGCCGAGUUUUCUGUCGCGCCCGAUUUUCCUGAGGUCCCAGCGGGGCUCCUCGACAAAGGAUGCACCGAGCCUGAAGCGUCGGCGAGCCCUGAGGCCCGCUUCGAGCGGCAGAGCUGGGGAUGCGUCUCUCGGGCCGACGGCGCCGAGGCGGUCUUCCCGGACGCCGGGCCCGCCAGGCGGCCUGGCGCACCGUCUGCCGACCACGGGGCCGACCUGCUGGGCGGCCUUGCCGCCCUGGGGCCGGCGCCGCUGGUUCCUGCCGGCUCCAGCUCGAGCGGCAGCUCCUCGUCCGAGCCCAAGCCCGACGCCGUCGGCGGAAGGGCGAGGGGGCUGGCGAGGCGGUCGCGGCGGCGGCUGUCGAAGCAUCUGGGAGCGGUGCUGGGGUUCGAGAAGGAGGGCCUGAGCAUGCUGGAGGACAAGGCGGUGACGGCCAACGACUUCGAGACGUUCGCAAAGGGGCUAGACUCAGCGCUCGCGGACGACGACGACGUGGGCGACUGGCUCCCGGACUAUGGGGAGAAGGUGUUGGCAGCGUUUGCCGACCGCCGCCGGGCCUUCAGCAAGGCUGGCAAGCGGCGGCUCCCCCGGGCUUGGCGCUGCCUGCGGGGCUGGCGCCGCCUUGCGCCCGGCCGCUCCAGGCGUCCUCUGCCUCAGGCGGUGUGGAAGGCGAUCGCCGCAGACCUCUGCCUGCGGGGGCGCAAGCUGAUGGCCGCGGCCUUCCUCCUGGGCGUGGGGGCUUACCUGCGGCCCCACGAGCUGAUGGGGAUUCAGCCCGAGGACCUGUCCCCCCCAGCGCGGGGGGCAUCGGGGCACUGGUCUCUCAUCAUCUGCCCGCAGAACAGGGGCAUCACCACCAAGACGGGGGCGAUGGACGACAGCGUGGUGCUGGGCUGCAAGUGGCAGCUGGAGCUGACGCCGCUAUGGUCUGCGCUGGCGGGAGCCCCCAAGGGCAAUCCCGCCUUGGCGUUCACGUGCCCCGAGCUGGUAAGAAAGUUCAAGGAGACGUGCGCGCAGCUCGGCGCCCCGGCGGCGCCCUGUAUGAUGCGGCGCAGCGGCCCCAGCCUCGACAGGGCCCUGUAG